AUGACGCAGCUGUUUGCGUCCAGUCCGUCGGCCAUGACAAAUACCGAAAAGCGUGGCAAUUUCCCCGGCUUGUCGUUGCCGUCCCGAAAACACUCGAACGAGUCGAGUCACCUCCCUACCAAGAUCAAGAACUUUUUCCGGAUCAACAGUUCCAGCAGUCAUUCCUCUUCCCAUGGCGGGAGCCCGGUCAGUAAUGACCGCGAGCGCGAGAAGGAUAGCCCUGCGAAGAAUGAAAAACCCCCUUCCGACAAUCUCGGCAACCCUCUAGAUGAUGGUGUCUCUCCUACCGCCUCGGCGAAUCCCUACUUUGCUCACCAGGGCCAACCUGCAUUGCGACAUCGGAAUGACGGGUCCGUCCCCUCGUCCCCGCCCGAUACCCCCGAGUUGCAGGUCACUGGGGUCUCGGCGGUGGAACAGGCCACUACUGCCAACAAGGAGGAACUCGCUCGCAAACUACGCCGUGUGGCAUCUGCCCCCAAUGCCCAGGGUCUCUUCAACGGCCAGGGCGAUGGUCGUCCCCAGACAGCUGAAAUGGGCAAAGAGCCUCUUGUGGAAGUUCCUGGCUCCGAUGGGUCAGUGGGUCUUGCUAGCUCAAUGUCUGAAAAGGACUCUGCGCUUUCGGUACCCACAGUUGGCAUGAACAGCAAAAUCGAUAGCAAUAAUGCCUCCUUCCGUCGCACUUACAGUUCCAAUUCGAUCAAGGUUCGCAAUGUGGAAGUUGGUCCCGCCAGUUUCGAUAAGAUCAAGUUGAUCGGUAAGGGUGAUGUGGGAAAGGUCUAUUUGGUUCGCGAGAAGAAGUCAAGUCGUCUCUAUGCCAUGAAAGUCCUGAGUAAGAAGGAAAUGAUCAAACGUAACAAGAUCAAGCGCGCUCUGGCUGAGCAGGAAAUCUUGGCCACGAGCAAUCACCCAUUCAUCGUUACCCUGUAUCACUCGUUCCAGUCUGAGGACUAUCUGUAUCUGUGCAUGGAGUACUGCAGUGGUGGUGAAUUUUUCCGAACACUGCAAACUCGACCUGGGAAAUGCAUCUCUGAAGAUGCUGCCCGUUUCUACGCCGCCGAGGUGACUGCUGCCCUCGAGUACCUUCACCUGAUGGGCUUUAUCUACCGAGACCUAAAGCCAGAAAAUAUUCUCCUUCACCAAUCUGGUCACAUCAUGCUUUCAGACUUUGAUUUGUCCAAGCAGUCUGGGCCCGGUGGUGCUCCAACCAUGAUUCCCGGACGCAGUGGGGGUACCUCUGGAACGUCCUUGCCCACUAUUGAUACCAAGUCUUGCAUUGCCGAUUUCCGUACAAACUCGUUCGUUGGAACCGAGGAGUACAUCGCUCCCGAGGUGAUCAAGGGAUGCGGCCAUACUAGCGCGGUUGAUUGGUGGACCCUUGGUAUCCUGAUCUACGAGAUGCUUUACGGAACUACCCCGUUCAAGGGCAAGAAUCGCAACGCAACCUUUGCCAGCAUCUUGCGGGAUGAGGUGUCAUUCCCUGAGCACUCUGGUGCCCAGCAGACUUCCACCUUGUGCAAGUCUUUGAUUCGCAAGCUUUUGAUCAAGGAUGAAACGAAACGUCUUGGAGCUCGCGCUGGCGCAUCUGAUGUCAAGACUCAUCCCUUCUUCCGGACGACCCAAUGGGCCCUUAUCCGCCAUAUGAAGCCGCCUAUGAUUCCCCACCAGGGCCGUGCAGGCACCGAUACUGUCAACUUCCGCAAUGUCAAGGAGAGUGCCAGUGUGGAUAUUGGCGGCACAAACUCCAAUAAGAUGAAGGGCGUUCCCAUGGACUCUGGGUUGGCCACCCCGAACGGUGAAUUGAACGAUCCUUUUGAGGAAUUCAACAGCGUGACCCUCCACCACGAGGGAGACCACUAA